AUGUUGUAUCUUGUUGGUCUUGGUCUGUCCGACGAGACGGAUAUCACCGUCAAGGGUCUCGAGGUGGUGAAGAAGGCCUCGCGAGUCUACCUUGAGGCGUACACAAGCAUCCUGCUCGUGGACCAGUCUGUCCUGGAAAACUACUAUGGACGAUCGAUAACCAUCGCCGACCGCGAGAUGGUCGAGUCAAACAGCGACGAGAUUCUCCGAAAUGCGCAGAACGAGGACGUCGCUUUUUGCGUUGUUGGAGAUCCCUUCGGUGCUACAACACACACAGAUCUCGUCAUCCGAGCUCGCGAAUUGUCCAUUCCCGUGCGAACCGUACCAAACGCCUCCAUCAUGUCCGGCAUCGGCGCCUGCGGCCUUCAGCUGUACAACUUUGGACAGACCGUGUCCAUGGUCUUCUUCACCGAAACAUGGAAGCCAGCUUCCUUUUACGACAGAAUAAAGGAAAACCGCGACAUUGGCCUGCACACGUUGGUGCUAGUCGACAUCAAGGUCAAGGAGCAGAGCUUGGAGAACAUGGCCCGAGGCAGAUUGGUCUACGAGCCCCCACGAUACAUGACGGUCGGGCAGUGCGCGCAGCAGAUGCUGGAAAUUGAGGAGGAGCGCAAAGAGGGUGUCUACACAAAGGAUAGCUUGGCUAUUGGCGCUGCUCGUGUUGGAGGCAAGACGGAAAAGUUUGUGUCGGGAACGCUUGAGGAACUGUGUUCUACGGAUGAGGAACUGGGUCCUCCACUACACAGCCUGGUCCUGCUGGGCAGGAGAGCUCACGAGCUGGAGCGCGAUUUCGUCCGUGAGUUUGCUGUUGAUAAGGAAAAGUUUACCAGAAUAUGGGCAGAGGAGUACGGCAAGCAGUAA